GAAGAAGAAGAAGUUUGCGGAAGAGCAUCCGAGAUUUUGGUGUAAGUACCAUAUACUACAUUAUAUUUUCUCUUGCGCUUCCGAUCUUUCCUCCGAGACAGAUAUCGAAUUUGAGCAAUUGGUUAAUCUGUGCUCGUUUUAUCUUCCAGAUCUAGCAUCACUCGCAACUCGCCCAGAUUAUCAACGUCGAGGCUGCGCAGCAAUGCUGCUGCAAUGGGGCUUAGACCAAGCCGGAAAGGAUGGAACAGUCGUGUAUCUGGAGGCCUCGGAAGCGGGGCUACCCUUUUACUAUCGUUAUGGCGCACAAGAAGUUGAUUUUAUUGAGACCUUAGGUGGUCAGUGCAGACAUGCCUGUCUCGUGAUACAUCCAAAAAAAAUGAACGCAGAGGGAUCAUGAUUUUUCUUCACCAAUAUUUGCUGGCAUGUCAUAAAUAAUACAUUACUAUCAGAUUCGGACCUAAUAUAAGUAAUACGGUUAAUCUACGCUAUGAUAUCUUAAUCAAAUAAGAGCUUCUGACUCAUCCGCAAAUUGACUCGCGG